GGGGUUAACCGGCAGUGCUAUUACCCAGUAGUCCAUGCGCGCUGCAACGUAUGCAGUCAGGCACUGGCAGACUCACCGGGAGUAUGAUGGCUGCUUGAGGAAAGCGAUUUCAUAGAACCGGCAGGUUGUAAGAUAUUCAUACCGAGAGAAUAAAUUAAGGACGGCUGUAGCUGCCUCUCUGACGUCCUGCGAUUAACAGAACGAGAGAGUUGCACCUUAACGAAAGGGAAUUAUGGCAAGUCCCAGGACUAGACGUGUGCUUAAGGAAGUGCGAACACAAGAUGAGAAUAACAUAUGCUUUGAGUGUGGUGCUUUCAAUCCACAAUGGGUGAGCGUUACAUAUGGCAUCUGGAUUUGCUUGGAGUGUUCAGGGAAACAUCGAGGUCUAGGAGUACAUCUGAGCUUUUUGUGCUCUGUCACAAUGGAUAAAUGGAAGGACAUUGAAUUAGAGAAGAUGAAAGCUGGUGGAAAUCGCAAGUUCCGAGAGUUCUUAGAAUCUCAGGAUGACUAUGACCCAUGCUGGAAUUUGCAGGAAAAGUACAACAGCAAAGCAGCUGCACUAUUCAGAGACAAGGUGGCCACUUUAGCUGAAGGCCGAGAUUGGUCUGUUGAAACUUCAUCGGCUAGAAACUGGUCCCCACCUCAAACCAAGGUUCCACUAGCAUCUGUCCAUCGCACUUCAGCUGGUCAAGCCCAGAGUUCAGGUUCUUCCUCGGAUAAGGCGUUUGAAGAUUGGCUGAGUGAUGAUCUUAACUCCUAUCAAAGCGGAGGUGGAUACAGCAGUCAGGAGAACCGUUAUGUUGGUUUUGGAAACACUGUUAACUCACAGAGGAAAGAAGAGGACUUCUUUAAUAAUGCCAUGACAUCAAUUUAUUCGGGAUGGAGCAAUUUUACUGUUGGGGCAAGUAAAUUUGCAUUAGCGGCAAAAGAAAACACAACAAAACUUGCAAACCAAGCAACACAGAAGAUAUGGGGUUAUAAACCCCCACCAGAGCCGGCGACAGAGUUGAGUCAGAGUAUAAACGAAAAUGUUAUCAAACCUACACAAGAGAAGGUGAAAGAGGGCAAAUUAUUUGAUGAUGUUGCAAGUAGUAUGUCUCAUCUGGCUUCAAAGGUUCAGGGAGCUGGAACAAAAGGCUGGAAAGACAUGAGCACAUUCUUUUCUGGAAAACCAGAAGAUUCUUCUAAUAGGCCUGCAAUGGGUGAUAGCUACCAGAAUAGCAGCAUUGAGGAGAGUUAUCAGAACAGUGGCUUGGGUAACCAGGAAUUUUGGGAAAACUUUGGUAGUGAAUCCAAGACGAAAAAAUCACCCAGUAAUGACAGCUGGACAUAUGCAGAUAACAAUUCCACUGAGAAAAAGAGUUUGGAUAGCUGGGACAAUUGGGGUUCUGAGGCCGUUUCCAAGAAUAACCAUAGCACUGGAGAAAGCUGGGAGACAUGGGAUAACAACUGGGAUGCUGCUGGUGAGGGUAAAGCAAAAAAAUCACCCAAAAAGACCGCCAAAGUGGCCAACGAUGAUGCCUGGGAUAACCAAAACUGGUAGACCCAUCACCUUCUUUUGACUAGUAUUCCUGUGUUGUAUGCUGACAACAGUGUGUUAGUUAGCCGUGUAUGGUUAACUACUUGAUGGUAAUUCCCAUUUUUCCUUUUUUGUAAGAAUAUGAUCCCACUGUUGUUGAUUUCAUAAUGUCUAUGCUGCACUCAAAAGUACCUUUGAACACCUAAAUUCAAAGCUGAAACUGUAUGGCUGUAUUAAGCAAUGAGGGGUCUGGAAAAUGAGAUGGUCAGUAUUUUCAGUUGAGUAAAUGGCAAAUGAGUUUUAUUUUCUAGAGAUUCUCCAUUACUGUCAAUAUUGGGGAGAAAAACUUUCUGCCUGCCCUGCUCUACUAGACAAGUUAAUUUAAAAAUACUGAGGCUAUAUCUGGCUAGAAACAAAACUUGUUGGAAAACAGCCCUGGCUCUAAAACGUUGCAAAGAAUAGUUGCAAUUCUUUGACCAUAUAGAUUUGACUAAUAACUUUAAAAGGUUGAGAAUGUGCUUGAUCUCGACCCCUAUUCUAUUUGCAAAGUCAUAGAUGCCUUCUGGGGUAGUAAGGAAAUUAUUCAUAUUAAAAUAUGUAUUUUUUUUAAUUAUUAAAGAACCCUAUAUUGAAAGAAAUUAAGUAUUACAUUAACAUUCAGUUAGUAUUUAGGUCUUUUUAAUUGUUGAAUAAUGCAUAUAUCAACUUGUAAUAGGUAAUGUUCUAUUUUAAGGUAUUUGCCUUUUCUCACAUACAGAAAUAAUUGACUACAUUAGAAAACUUUUUUUCAAUGAAAUAAUCAUGUUCAUUAUUUUCAUUUGUUUUAGUAGUACUUGUUGACUGGAUAAUUACACAGUCUGAAAUCUAUAAAAAGUAUGUCCAGCUACUUCUUGCCAUCAGGAUUGUUAGGUUCUAAUAAUGCAGAUAUAAUUUUAAGGGUGCUUUAAUAUGUAUAAAAUACCUUACAUAGAUAAACACUUUAGUUCAAAUGCAUAUUCAAAUGGCAUCCCUAUUUUUAUGCUAAAUCAUAUCAGGACAAAGUUUAGUUUUUUUUUUGUUCAGGUUGUAAAUUACUAAUUGAAAAACUACCUCCUCCACUUCUAAAACAUUACAGAUACGUUUAUAAGUGGGGAGAAAGACUGAAUAAAAGUGUUUUUUUUUUUUAUUUUUUAAUAAUACAAAUUGUGACUUCUAGGAUUAUUCAUCAUACUCUAGUGGUGAGGCUGACAUUAAAGCCACCAGAAUACACAAUAUUAUCUAGAUAAACUUUUUCCGUGACAUAAUUAUUCUAAUUUAAUGGAAGACAGACAGACUUGCAUAAUACUGACUUGGCAUCCUUGACAUUUUCUUCUUUGGGAUCUGUUGUUACUUAUUUUUAUUUAUUUGUUUAACAGUAAAGAAAUCAUUUGCACAGUCCUUAAGCAUGCUUUUCUGUAUAUAAGCUUUCCUUGAAAUAACCAUAUAGAUGUGAUGUGGAAGCUGAUAUUCAGUCUGGAUUGGAGGUCCAUAGUUUCUUAAAAGCUACAGCUGAUAAUUUAUUAAAAGUCAUUUUACUUGCAUUGCCUUGACAUUAUAUUUGGAAGGAGUCAACCUUUCUUAAAUACUUUUUGUUGUUGUUUUUUGAAGUACAAGUAUUAGCACAGGCCCAGGUAACCAACAUUUUGUUUUUCACUCCUGAGUUUGGAAGUAAUGCAUUAAAAAAGCCUUUGUGUGCUCUCUCCUUUUACUU